AUGUGCACAAGCAAAGAGGGCUCAUUGGGCAGAUUCUGCUCUGGCUGCUCCGGGAGCUUUUCCUGCCGCCGCUCACGGGCUCUAUACAUAGUUUCCCAUCCCAACAUGCUCCGGUCGCUACAGCGGCUGGCUAAGCGACGAGCGCUGCCCCCCGCGCCCGGGGCAUAGGGAGCCCGGCGGGACCCAGGCGGAGUGCGAUCCCCAAACGCUUUGGGCUAGACUGCCCCUUACCCGGCCAUGUGCGGAAGUAAGGCCUCUCUGCUGCAUAGCCUGAUUUCAUAGCGAUAUCAGGAAAAGUUCCACUGUAGACCAUGCCUGUCCCUCCCCCUCCAGCUCCUCCACCUCCCCCAACUCUUGCACUGGCAAAUACCGAAAAGCCUUCCUUAAACAGGUCUGAACAAGCAGGGCGAAAUGCUCUCUUAUCUGAUAUUAGCAAAGGAAAAAGGCUAAAAAAGGCUGUUACUAAUGAUAGAAGUGCCCCUAUCCUAGACCAACCCAAAGGAUCUGGUGGCGGCGGUGGUGGUGGUGGUGGAGGAAGUGGUGGAGGAGGAGGCGGCGGUGGUGGCUAUGGCGGAGGUGGACCACCUGGCUUAGGGGGCCUGUUUCAGUCAGGAAUGCCAAAGCUCAGAUCUGCAGCAAAUCGAGAUACGGAUUCUGGAGGAAACAGACCUCCCAUGCUGCCACCAGGAGCAAGAACAACAUCUGCCAAGCCUUUUUCACCUCCAGGUGCCACAGGGAGAUUUCCAGGGCCUUCUUUGGGGCAAAGAAGUACCCCUCCCGAACCACAGAGAAACAGAAUGCCACCUCCGAGACCUGAUUUUGGUUCCAAACCAGAUACAGGACCUCCUCCAGUGCCAAAUACUCCAAGACCCAUUCCAUCAGGUUUACACAACAGAGUAUCUCCUCCUGUGCCAGGAGCAAACAGGCAAACCAGCACAGGGCCUAUCCCUCCAUCUUUCCCAGGAAACAGAAAUACAGGAUUCGGAGGAUCUAUUCGCCAGUCGACUCCAAGUUCCUCACCUUCUUUCUCUAACAGACCUCCCCUUCCUCCUGCACCUGGCAAGUCAACAGAUGACAAGCCGCCGCCACCGCCACCUCCAGCAGGAAACAGGGCAUCCGUCAACCGGGAACCUUCCUUUCCACCUCCACCACCUCAAAACAGUAAACCUCCCGUUCCUUCCACACCUCGGCCACCCGCAGUCUCACAGGCUCCACCCCUACCUCCAGGCAGACCAGGCUUACCUCCAGUUCCACCCAUUUCCAGUGGAAAUGAUGACAUGCCACGUCUUCCACAAAGGAAUCUCUCCCUAGGUUCUCUUGCUCCUCCCAGCUUGCCUGGGACAGGUCGAUCUGGCCCUCUUCCUCCCCCUCCAAAUGAGCGGCCUCCUCCUCCAGUAAGAGAUCCACCUAGCAGAUCAGGACCCCUUCCACCUCCUCCCCCUGUAAACAGAAAUGGCAGCAUUUCACGGGCAUUGCCUGCUACUCCACAGCUGCCUUCCAGGGCAGGAUUAGAAAACCAGAGAGGUGGACCAAGGCCUCCACUUCCUCCUGACAGACCUGGUUCCGGAGCUCCUCCACCACCACCUCCUGCAUCAUCAUCGGCAAUCAGAAAUGGCUUCCAGGACUCAUCAUGUGAAGAUGAGUGGGAAAGCAGAUUUUCCUUCCAUCCGAUAUCUGACCUGCCACCUCCAGAGCCAUAUGUUCCAAUGAACAAAAGUUACCCCAGUAAACUAGCAAGGAAUGAAAGCAGAGAUGGCUCUGGCCGAAGGGAAAGAGGUGUCCCACCGCUCCCACCUAUACCGAGGUGAAGUGGAUUUCCAGCCCUUCUCAGGGUGACUGCUGUUUUUAAAUUUCUCAUGAAUUACUUCUCACGCCCAUGUCAUUGGAAAGUUGCCUCUUCUGCUUUAUUUCCACUUUUGGCUUGUGAUUAGGGGUAAUUUGAGUAUCUAUUAGAGAAGUAAGGUACAGUUUAUGUACCAUAGUUGCUUAAAACUAUAGAUUUUACUUGCUUAUAUAGCAGGCUGUCAUGAAAGGCAUUUCGGGGACCAUAUAGAACAAUAUACAUAUUCUUACUGGGUCCCAUCCUGUUCCCAGUGAUCUUGGUGGGAGUUUUGCCAUUGAAUUCAACAAGAGCAGGCACAAGCCCACUAACUAGUUUUGGGUGAAGUAGUUAUAACAUUUGAACUACAAAGUCCAAUAAUUUCCUGCUGUCUGCCUGGAAAUUAAUCACAUGGGGACAGCAUACAGAUGAGAUUCCCUUGGAUCUUUUUUUGCACGCUUCAACGCCCUAUCCUGCUUCUGCAUGCUACUGCUCAACUUUAUGUGAGCCUGCAAGUUAACUGUUCAACCCAAAUUCUUUUGACCAUAGUUUAGCCUGUCAGAAGCAUGUGUUUAUGCUACAGAUUGCACACCCUUCCCCUGAGUGUGACAAGUAAAUGGCAUCGUUUUCUGACACCCCACCAGCACUGGGCUCCAGCAGAGGCUAUCUCCAGCCUUCAUUCUCGAGGGGAAACGUUGCCAUGACAUGAAGGAGAAUUCUCAAAAGAAAAGAGAAAAUUGAAAAUUCAGCAGAGUAUGGCUGAUAUGACCCUGUAUGGCCCUGAUGCCUUGUUUUGUAAUAGUCUUAUGCUGUUAAUCUCUACUGAUUCUUUCCAUUUGGAUGUGGAUCAUGCCCUCAAAAUUGGAUUACUGUAAUGCUCUUUAUGUUGGGCUACACCUGAAGACUACUCAAACUGCGGCUAGAUCAAAAUGCAGCCUCCCCCUUAAUUAUAUGCUCCUUCUGUGAAGCCUGCUAACACCUGUGCUCCACAGAUUGCAUUGGCUUCCCAUUUGUUUCUGGGUAUAAUUCAUUAGUCAAAAACAUCUUGAAGCUCUGUGUGGUUUGGCUGCUCAAGAAAGUGCUUCUCCCUUGUGUUGCAUGGCAAUUGAGAUCAACUGAGUGCCCUCACAUUUAAACAGGAGGGGUCUGGUGGAAGGGCAUUUUCUAGUGAAAGCCAUAAACUCUAGAACUCGCUGUCCAUGCUGGUUCAACAGGGGUGCAGUGUAUUGACCUUCUGAGCUUGCUCCAUGGCCUGCCUGGGUCCAAACUUUUGUUUGAGGGUAUCAGGAGGGAUCUGAAGGAAAUUCCCUUAUUAGGAGAAAGCAAACUUUUUUUUAAGCAUUGUGGUGAUUGGUGAAAUUGCAGAUCUGCUUUUAAAUAUUGUACAUGAGCAAAGAAUGUUUGUUUAGUGCAUUUUAUAAACUGAUGUAAACAUGGAAAAAGACAUUGGAAAUCAUAGGAGGACUUUGAUUCUGGAUUUGAACGUGUCUGAUGAAUGUAUCUCUGUCAGCUGGACUUCUGAAAGUUCGCUUUGAAGAAUGACUUUCCGUCACCUUCCCACCAAUCUCUGACUCUCUCAAUGUGCUCACUGGAGUCCACAGGAAGUCCUCACUGGUGGACAUGUUUCAUACUGUGUUGCUCAUUAAAUCAAAGGAAGAAGCCAUGCAGGUUAGAAAUAUAUUGGGCAAAAUGCCGACGCCUCCCCCCCGCAACCUCCCAGCAGUGGAAAACCUGAUUCCUCAUUCAGUUCUGUGGGUUUUGUUACAGUAUGAUACUUUUGAGCCCAGCGCUUGAACAUCUGAGGGGGGUUGGCAGAAGAGACUCUUCAAAAUGAACAUUGAACCCUAGGGAAAUGGUGUGCAGUGGGACCGUCUCCAUUAUGUGACUAUGUAGUGGCAGAUCCCACGCGGCCUUACAAUCUGUGUAAUCCCAUUGACGACAGGGUAGGAUUUGAACAUGAUGAAUACAGCUUUGCCUUUCUGGUAUGUUUGUUUACAAAGUCACGUUUGGAUUUUUUAACCUAUGAUAGUAUUUGAUAAAAGACAUAUUUGUACAUUUUGAUAUCUCUGGGCCUGAUUCUGAGAUGCGUUCCACGGACCUGAUCCUACAUCGAAAUACACGCACACACAGGAUCAGAGCCAUGUGAGCUUCUUGCACAGAUUUCAGAAGAAGCUCCACCUGUGACAUGUAUCUUUGGAUCAAGCCCGUGUGAUCUGUAAAUGUACUAACAUCACUUGUAAGCAUGGCACUUAAACAUUCAGGCUAUGAAUAUUGAAAGUCUGUAUGUGGCCCACUAUUGUGUGAAUCUAAAGUCCAAAAAAGAUUUAAAACACCUAGUGAUAUUUAUAGGAUAAAUUAUUGUAUUGAUGCUGUUAAACCAAAGCACUUAUGGCUUUCUGAGGAAUGACAUCAUAGACUUGAGAAUACAAUAUUUUAAUGCAUCACCCUGCCAAAGUCUUAAUAAAAUAUGAAUAGUUAUGCAGUGUAACAACUAAGAGCAACUCCAGAAGUUAUACAUUUCUUUGUAACUUAUCUGCAUACAGCAAGACGGUUUUACUUUGGCUGUGUCAAUGAAAAUACUGUAUUUCAUUCCUGUAGCUGACUGCACCAUCCAAAAUACUCUAUAAUUCACUUCAUGAGCAGAAUUUCUCCACAAUCAUAACCAAAGCCAUAACAAAUUAGCGUAAGUCUAAUUUUAAACUGUGAUGUGGGCUUCAGUGAGGGAAGCAAAGAAAUCUAAUCUAUUUGAAACUGUCUGAUUCUUAGCACUUUCUUUACGAGUAGAAAUUUUUUCAAUAUGUAUACGCUAAGCAGCCAUAAAACACCUUUGAGAAAUGAUAGUAGUAAUAAAUGUAUAUCUUUUGAUUGUAAAAUUCACCAAAUAUAUUCAAAAAACAGUGCAUCAUUUUAACAUUCAGUAUAUCAUUUUGUAUACAAGUAGAUAUUUACAAUAAGAUCAGUAUUACAAUAUUUAUUUCACUAUGCAUAGUGUUUUAAAAAGAUAAGCAUGAAACAAAACUGGUUAAUCCAACAGUGCCUUACUAUAUUUUAACAAACUUUUGAUGUCAAAAUAGCAAUUGCUGCCUUUUUAUACAAAUUUUAGAUGUUAUGCUUUGAUGUCUAAUGUAAAAUACAAAACAGUACUUAUAGCGUGAGAAUACGAUGUCUGAGCUAAGUGUUUGCAUUUGUAACAUGCUUGAUCCACUAAUUUCAAAGGGAGUAGUAUGUUUUAAAAGACUGCUGGGUCAGGCCUUUAAUUGGGGUAUGGAUGGAAGUUUGCUUAAUUCCAAAUCAAUUUCUGGUGUUAAUGCAUUUGGAAAUUAAGCACAUUUACCCCACAUGUUUACAGUCAUUGGACCAAUGUAUCUCUUCUGUUAUACCUGUAUGAUCCAAUUAACUUCAGUGGGGUUGUGCAAGUGUAUUAGAGGACCACUGACUGACUGUGUUUAGGAUUUAGUAUGUUUAUUUUGAUUGCAUGGUAUUUUAAACAUGCACUUCUUAAACUAUCUGUAUGUCAUCACCUGAGACUCAAAUUGUGACAAAGAUGACCACUGAAACUCAUUUCUAUGCAAAUCAAGCAGAUAAAUAAAAUCAGAGCUUUCUGUGUGA